AUGGAUGACCCUGGAUACGUCUUUGGUGCCCAGAGCUUUGGUACCACCUGGUUCAGUGGUAAUAUCGAUCAGCUCAUGUCGGCCCUCAAAGAUGCCGAUAUUCGUCGCUUCGACACUGCUGCCCUCUACCCAGCUACCAAUCCAGGUGUCUCUGAGGAGUUACUCGGCGAGUACAAGCCCGAGGACGCCAUAAUCGACACCAAGAUUCUGUUCCUCGGAGAUGGCUCCCUCUCCAUAAAGAACAUGGGCAAAUCGAUCAACGAUAGUCUUGACAGACUCCAGAUCAAGAAGAUCCACAACCUCUACGCCCACGCUCCAGACCGCACAAUUCCCAUCGCCGAGCAAGCCGCCUAUUUCGACCACUACCACAAGAUGGGUCUUUUUGAGAAUCUUGGCCUGUCAAACUACACCCCAGCAAUGGUUCGCACAUGGAUGGAAGUUGCAAUCGAAGAAGGCUUCAUCAUGCCAACCGUCUACCAGGGCCAAUAUAACGCACUCUGCCGCGGCUACGAAGACGCACUCUUCCCUGUCCUCCGCGAAUUCGGCAUUAAAUUCGAAGCUACCUCGCCCUUGGCUGGUGGCUUCCUGACCGGCAAGCUAUCUUACCACCCGACCUUGCAGAGUCUUGAAGGGACCCGGUUCGAGGUUGGCGAGGGCAACAUGGUUGGCGCGCUUUACCGUAUGUGGUAUGAUCAGCCUGCAUACCAUGAUGCUAUGCGUGAGCUGGAUGCUAUGGCUAAGGAGCAUAGAACGUCUGGGGCUCAGUUUGCUUUGCGCUGGUUGCUGUUCCAUUCUCAGUUGAAGAGUCCUGAUGAGGUUGUUAUUGGCCCGAGCCACUUUGAGCAGUUAAAGACUUAUCUCGAUGCUCGUGAGGCGGGACCGCUUCCUGAAGAUAACGUUGAGAAGAUUGAUGGGCUUUUUUCGCCUCUCCGGGAUUUGUCUAAGACUAUCAUUGAGAAGGGAUGGUGGGCUCUGUGA